CACAUAUAAUACUUCAUUUUGUAGUUGAAUUUUGUUCAGAUUUGUCGUUUACAUUUGCCCUCGUUUGUACAUUGUGACAUUUAUAUUUUGCACUCCGCCAUUCGUCAUGUCGUGGAUGAAGCGUUCCGCCGCCACUGGUCAGGUCACGCAGCGCAACUUUCUGCGGGAGAACAAGCUGAUGGUGCGCCAGACGCCGCUGAUGACGCAGCGGCGCUUCGAGCGGGAGAGCAUGAGGCAUGGGAGGGACUUGCAUCGCUGGCCGCCGGCCAGCUAUGCGCUGCCGACAGCCGCCUCGCUGGCGCAUCGGUCCGGCACGCUGCCCCUGAUGGAGACGCAGCGACGCCUGUUCAACGGCGGGCGCGGCCUGGGUCGUGCCUUUCGCAUGGUCGAAGACCGUUCGGAGAAGCAAAUACAAACCGAAGACAUUAGCGAUGAGCAGUUCCUUAGCGCGGCGCUGCUCAAGUGCAAGCAGGUCUGCAGCGAGGGCGACGAGCUGCCCGUGCGGAGGGCGGUGGUUGGUGGCCAGCGGGAUGGAGACUGCCUGCGACGCAUCGCCUCCAAUUUUGAGCUGGGCAAAGUGCCCACACAGCGCCUGCAGCCGUCGAUGCAGCACAGAGCACAUCAACGACUGCUUGGCUACGUUGUGGACACUGUGCCCGCUCAACUGCAGGAGAAGGCGUGCCAGCCGGACGAACUGGAUAAGCUAAAGGCUGGCAGCAGCCCCAAUUCGAAUUUACCCAACGUCCAGCAGCUGGCCAUACCCGACGUCACGGAUGUGGAGCAGGAGCCGCAGCUCGAUCAGUCCUUGAGUGCACGCACUCAGGUCUCCUGCCAGUCGCACAAGUCCAAGUGCGAGGAGCCGCCGCCCGCUACUCAAGCUCAGCAGACAACGGAAAUGCCAAAGAAUGGCAUCGAAAAGGAGAGCCCCUGCCUGGACCAGGACCAGGACCAGGUGCUCCUUACGGAGUCACAGCGCAUCUCGCUACUCCAGGCGGCCCAGUCGCGUCAAAAGAAACUCAUCGGGGAGUACAAUCGUCUACCCUUGUCCAUGGGAACGCUGCGCGUGCGCAACCUGAAGCUCCAGCUGGAGCAGCAGCUGGAUCUGGUCGACAUAGACUUGAAAAUGUUGAAUCUGCCACAAGUAUACAUUAGACGUGACCACUUACAGCAAAUCUCAAGUAUCUCGUGUUGAGCAUUUUACUAUCGCAUGGUCAGCAGCACC